CGUAUACCCACCACCGAAUUUGUGCAAAAGUUCAACGCCCAAUUCGAUGAGCAAUUCGUUGAUUCUCAUGUGCUUCACGAUCAGACCUUUUUCACCGAACAAGAAAGUAAUAAACCGGAGGCAGACACGGAGUGUAACGAGGCGACGAAAAUCGUCAGAACUCCCGAAGAUGAUUUGGAGCAGCUACAUCGGUUGCCAAAAGAGUUUAGUAAAACAUUUGUGGUCCUGUACAAAUCACUGAUCGGACUAAAUAUACCCGAAUCACGUCUUGCAAAAGCUAUGGAAAGAUUGUCCCAUCUAUUGGAGGAAUGUGUUCGGGAGCAGUUUCACACGGGAGUUGUCUUGCGGUGUUUGUCACAUGCUUUACGACUGCAACAGCAAGAACCGUUUACAUCCUUCGCAGUCAAACCGAAACGUUUGUUCAAACUGCUUUUCUCUCAUCCGCAAUUCACUGCCGUGCUCCAUCCGGAUUACUUGAUUCCGUCUGCAAAAUCAGCAAACCCGGUCGAAUCAGCUACUACGGACUCUUUCUCUGUAGAAAGUCCUGUUUCUUGUCAGUUUCUUCGUGACUGUCUAAUGGAACUGCUUGUGACAUUAGUCCGCCAAUCUCCGAAAUCGGGCUUAAAGUAUUUACAACCUCUGUGGCUUUUGGGUGCCUAUUCAGCCACACUCUCUCCGUCGGGUAAGUAA